AUGCAUAGACUUUCUCUUAUCAGCAAUCAUUUAUCUCAACAACCUGAAGUCUGUAUAGUUGCUGCUGGAAGAUCGCCAAUAGGAUCAUACAAAGGUGACCUAUCAGCUUAUUUUGCCACUGAUUUAGCAGCUUACACUCUCAAAGAAACCUUGAAAAAGUUCCACAUAAAUCCCAGCCUAGUCCAAGAACUUUAUCUAGGAAAUGUGUAUCCAGCUGGUCUUGGCCAGUCACCAGCUAAACAAGUAGCUAUUAAAGCUGGCCUUUCUGAGUCUUGUAUAUGCACAAAUGUCAAUAAAGUCUGCAGCAGUGGGAUGUUUGCAAUUAGUUCGGCUGUAAUGACGAUCAGACAAGGAUUAGAAGAUGUUAUAGUGGCUGGUGGGGUUGAAAUUAUGUCAAAUGUCCCUUAUUAUCAACAAAGAGGAAGCUUGAAUAGAGGAGACUCUGUGCUUGUGGAUGGGCUGCUAAAAGAUGGACUAAUGGAUGCCAGGUAUAACAUUCAUAUGGGAGAAUGUGCUGAAAGAUGUGCAGAAAAAUAUAAUGUGACGAGAGAAGAAAUGGAUAAUUUUUCUAAAAAUACCCAUGAAAAAGCUAGAAAGGCUUGGGAAAAUGGAAAAUUCAAUAAUGAAGUCAUCCCAGUGCCAAAUUUAAAGAAAAAAGGAAACUUCAUUGAAAAAGAUGCAUUAAAACAAGGCGAGCUAAAUUUCGGAAAACUAAGACCUGCAUUUAGAAAGGAAAACGGCAAAGUUACAGCAGGGAAUGCCUCAUCAUUAAAUGAUGGAGCUGCUAUGGUCGUGCUAUGUUCAAGGGCAAAAGCACAAGAAAUGGGGUGGGAAGUCUUAGGAACUAUUAUGAGUUUUGCCCACGCAGAGCAAAAUAACGUUGAAUUUACAACAUCGCCAAAUUUAGCUGUUAGAAAAGCUGUAGAAAAAGCUGGGCUAAGCUUAGGUGAUAUCGAGCUUUUUGAAUUAAAUGAAGCAUUUGCAGUUGUUGGGAUUGUUAAUACAAGGCUGCUUGGUAUUGGGGAAGAAAAAGUGAAUAUUUAUGGAGGGGCUGUUGCGCUUGGACACCCACUUGGAUGCUCUGGAGCUAGAAUUGUGAUAACUUUACUAUCAGCACUAAGACAAGAAGGGAAAAGAAUAGGAGUUGCCGGGAUAUGUAACGGCGGGGGAGGAGCAACUGCAUUGGUAUUAAAAGUUUAA